UUCUCCAAUUCCACGUGGACACCAACAAACGGCAAAUUCCAAUUUGGUAACCACACUAGCAAAUCAUAGAAGAUACAGACAGAAGAAGAGACGCCAUCACCUGUCAUCACUCGCUUCACGCUCUUGUGCACGCACGCACGCACUUACUUGCAAACCCAUAGUUGAGACCUCACUGUCUCCUCUCCCAAGAGCCGUCGCCCGCCACCAGUCACUACGACACUGUUUUGGGCUACGGAGAGAAAUGCAGAGACUCGCUGUCCCAUAAAAGCGCGACAUUAAGGCCCGACCUGAUCGAUCGUCGGAGAAAGAGAGAUCUUUUUUCUUUGGGACUUUUAUUAGGGUUUUAGUGAUCGAUGGCCUCUGAGGAUGUAAAGACUAGCAAAUCGGCUGUGACUACGAUCGUUAAUCUAGCGGAGGAGGCUAAGCUGGCUAGGGAGGGAGUGAAGGCCCCUAGCUAUGCUGUUCUCAGUAUCUGCAAAUCUCUCGUCGCGGGUGGUGUCGCUGGUGGAGUGUCACGUACAACUGUUGCUCCAUUGGAAAGGUUGAAGAUAUUACUACAGGUUCAAAAUCCCCACAGCAUAAAAUACAAUGGAACUAUUCAAGGGUUGAGAUACAUAUGGAGAACUGAGGGUUUUCGUGGACUAUUUAAAGGCAAUGGUACUAACUGUGCUCGAAUAGUCCCAAACUCAGCAGUGAAGUUCUUCAGCUAUGAGGAAGCUUCCAAGGGAAUACUGUGGCUGUAUCAAAAGCAAACUGGCAAUGAAGAUGCUCAGCUCACUCCCCUUCUACGCCUUGGAGCUGGAGCAUGUGCUGGGAUAAUUGCCAUGUCUGCAACUUAUCCUAUGGAUAUGGUACGAGGCAGGCUAACUGUACAGACUGAGAAGUCACCUUAUCAAUACAGAGGAAUGUUCCAUGCUCUAUCAACUGUGCUUCGGGAAGAAGGUCCACGGGCUCUGUACAAGGGCUGGCUUCCAUCUGUCAUAGGAGUUAUCCCAUAUGUAGGUCUCAACUUUGCUGUGUAUGAAUCACUAAAGGAUUGGUUGAUUAAAGCUAAACCAUUUGGACUAGUUGAAGAUUCUGACUUAAGUGUGACUACAAGGCUUGCUUGUGGGGCUGCUGCUGGAACCGUUGGCCAAACUGUUGCUUAUCCUCUUGAUGUUAUUCGCCGACGGAUGCAGAUGGUGGGAUGGAAGGAUGCUGCUUCCAUUAUCACUGGUGAUGGGAGGAGCAAGGCCCCCCUCGAGUAUUCAGGCAUGAUUGAUGCAUUCAGGAAAACUGUUAGGCAUGAAGGCUUUGGAGCAUUGUACAAGGGUUUGGUACCCAAUUCUGUAAAGGUAGUCCCAUCUAUAGCAAUUGCAUUUGUAACAUACGAGAUGGUGAAGGACAUUUUAGGAGUUGAGGUCAGAAUAUCAGAUUAAUUGUUACUCUUUCCUGAUGCUUUUUAAACAAGUGUGCUAUUUUUGUAGUCAAAAGGGAAUAGGGAGAAAGGCAAACUAGGGUAAUUUUCUUCCACAUUUCUCUCUCCUAGUGAGUUUAAACGUGUGUUUAAGCUCGUUUUAUAAAAUUGUUUUUCCUACUUUGUUUCUCUGAGAACAUGCUGUAGCUUUCAUCAGCUUCUCAUUCAUGUAUCAAUAAGUACGUCGAGGGAACAACUCACAUAAUGCUAUUGGAUGCCUCUCCAUAAGAGUUGGGAUUGAGAAAAGUUACUUCAAGUCUCUACUUUGCAAUAACUAGUUAUUGAUUGGUGCCC